GAAAGGAAACACAAAUAAAAAAAUAUCUUUUAUAAUUUGUGAUCCUCUUGUCUCCAUCCAUCCACAACCUUGCAAACACAAGAAAUUAACAAGAUAAAAGAACAUAUAUAAUCCACAUACCUUCAACUGCAACUGCAACUGCAACCAUGGAGUCUGCUCACAGUCACAAGCACCACCUGAUCUUCCUUCCCAGCCCGGGAUCGAGCCAUCUCGUCCCUGCCCUCAACUUCGGAAACCUAAUCCUCAGUCGAAACUCAUCCCUUCGUAUAACAUAUCUACUCAUAGCCGAUCUUCAUACUCCGAAACCUUCCCACAAUUCAAUCCUACCCAUCCCCAAUCCUUGCCUUCAAUUCCUCAACCUCCCUAAACCCGAAACUCCGGUCAGCUCAAGUUUCCAUGACAACAAGCAGAAGCUGGCUUCGGUACGCAGCACCGAAUAUAUAAACAGGCAUAGGCCACAAGUGAGAAAAGCAGUAGAUGAUAUUGUCAAGAACUCGGGGGAUCGAAUAGUUGGAUUGGUUGUAGACAUGUUCUGCGUGAGUAUGAUCGAUGUUGGCGACGAAUUCGGGAUCCCUAGCUAUGUGUUCUACACUUCUAGCGCUACGUUUCUUGCGUUCAAGAUGUUCUUCCUUAGGCUUAGAGAUGAACAUGGACAGGAUAUUACAGAGUAUAAGGAUAGUGAUCAUGAAUUCCAAAUCCCUGGAUUUGUCAAUCCUGUGCCUGCCAAAGUUAUGCCUUCUAUGAUGCUGGACAAAAAUGGCGGAUCGGAAUUGGUGAUGGAAUGCGCACGUCAGAUUCGUAAAACUAAAGGAAUUAUUAUCAACACUAUGGAAGAAAUGGACGCAACCGCCAUAAGAACCCUAAUUGACUCGAAAGGUGAAAUUCCCCCAAUUUACCCAAUAGGACCCGUAAUUGAUCUCGUUCCAGUUCGGACUCGAGAUGAACGAAUCGAAGACGAUAGUAUAAUCGGUUGGCUGGACGCACAACCGCCGUCGUCGGUGGUGUUUCUGUGCUUCGGCAGCCAGGGGACGUUCCCCGCGCCACAGAUCGAACACCUUGCGUGCGCAAUCGAGUUGUGUGGCUACAGAUUUCUAUGGUCGCUAAGAAGCCCUAAGGGAGGAACGGCGGAAGAGAUCUUACCAGAAGGUUUUCUCGAGCGAAGUAGCUGCGCCGGGAGAGUGAUCGGAUGGGCGCCGCAGGCGGCGGUGCUGUCGCACCCGGCGGUUGGGGGAUUCGUGUCGCACUGCGGGUGGAACUCGGUGCUGGAAAGCGUGUGGUUCGGCGUUCCGAUCGCCGCCUGGCCGAUGGCGGCGGAGCAGCAAGUGAACGCGUUCCACAUCGUGAAGGAAUUGGGGAUUGCGGUGGAGAUUAAGAUGGAUUACAGAGGAGACGUGGAUUCCGCGAGCGUGGUGGAGGCAGAGUUGGUCGAGAAAGCGAUCCGGGCGGUGAUGGGCAGAGAAUCGAUCGGAAUUCGGAAGAAAAUUAGGGUUUUGAGAGAGAGGGGAUUGAGAGGUUUAAUGGCCGGGGGUGGAGGUUCAUGGGAGAAGUUCAUGGAAAAGCUAAUUCAUGACAGUAAUUCUUCUGCUUCAACUUAGCGAAUAAAGGCUGGUGUGUUUGAGUACGUAUGUAAAUUGUUUCGUUACUUCGUGCUCCCUACUUAUGUACCCAACAGCAAUGGCUCGGAUUUGGAGGCCCUACCCUCUGACACAAGGGUUUUUUUUGGAAAAAUUUGGUUUGGGUUUGGGUUGAAUUUGAAUUUUUUAUGAGUUUUGGAAAUCUCUUAGGUUUAUAUUUGAAUUUAGUGGGUUUUGUUAAGCAGUGAUGUGAUAGAUAAUGAUUGCAACGAUGUGAUUAUUAAUUUAGUUUAAUAAAUUAAUUUAGACUCCGUCCAUAUACCACUUUGUUAUGUCCAC